AUGGUGACGAGCCUCGGCACUGCUGCCAGUUAUCAGCUGUGGAGUGUUUUAUUUUCUCAGCUCAUCACGACUCCUUUAUGUAACCUUCCCACACUGUUAAAUAACCCCUCUCUUUCUUCUCCCCUUCCCCCUGCAGAUGCCUGCGGUCUGACCGACUCGGUCCAUGUGGAGUCACUGCAGGAGAAGGCUCAGGUGGCGCUGACGGAGUACGAGCGCAUGCAGUACCCGACGCAGCCGCAGCGCUUCGGCCGGCUGCUGCUGCGCCUGCCGGCGCUGCGCGCCGUCCCCGCCAGCCUCAUCUCCCAGCUCUUCUUCAUGCGCCUGGUGGGGAAGACCCCCAUCGAGACGCUGAUCCGAGACAUGCAGCUCUCCGGAAGCUCCAUCAGCUGGCCGUACGUCCCUGGGCAGUAGCUCCGCCCCCAAGCCCGCCCAGCCCCCACCUCCUGACUCAUCACCGUCCUUCUGUAUGCUUGUGAGGCGCGGUGCCAGCUGGCCAUCCAUCCUCUCUUCCCGUCUCGUUGCCAACCCAGUCUCUCCGGUGCCAGAACACAGCUCCGCACGCUGGGAUCCAGUAUGGUCGCCGCAGCCCGCAUGUCAUGUCGAGUAAACUCAGCCUCACGCAGGGAGCAGCAGCACCCUGCUACGGAUCCUCAUAGAGGACAAAACAGUUCUUUCCUCCAUGCUGCGCAUCAUGACUGGAACGGGUUUGUCUCAUGAAUUCCCUGAGUUUUGUCUGCCAGGCUGAACAAGACGAAGGAAAAUCACCAAAGUUUCUAACGUCAUCCUCAGAUUGUCGUCAUGGUAAACGCAUCAGAGGAGCGGAUAAAUAAUACUAAACUACACACAGCUCCAUUGGGAACAGACCGAUACCUCAUUAGACAUCAGAAUGCUUUAGUCGGAUAUUUCCUGUAGGAUUUGUUCACCAGAAACCGCCUUCUUUUUGACAACUGCCUUGCUAUCGAGGACAAUGAACCCGGAGCUCCUUCUGGCUCAGGAGCUCUCUGUCUUGUAUCUUUUUAAAAAAAUCCUGUCAUUUUCUGUUGUCUUUUGAAAAGAUUAGUUUUUAAAUGUCUCAGUACAGUUUACUCUGCUUCGUUUGGAUACAUUUUAUGAAUGAGAUGCAUAAGGCCAACGUGGAAUUUUGAAUUGACAAAGGAAAAUUACAAGAUUGAUUUUUAGCAGUGAAGAAUCACUUUAUGUCCCUUUACGAAGCGCCUUGCUACAGUAUUCACACACAUUUGUGGUGUUGCAGCCCCGAACGGUCAUGUGUUUUUCUUGGAAGUUUCUAUGAUGUACAGACACAACAAAGCAGAUCAAAUAAAAACUCCAGCUGCUGCUCUCCUGGAAUGAGGAAGAGCUUGGUUUAUGGCGGUUUAUUGCGUUUCAUCUGGCUCCGCCCACCUGACUGACCCAGAUCACUUUUGGCUCUAGUGGCCUUUAUUAAACAGAAAUUUGACAGGAAAAAGGUGGUGGAUGGAAGGGAAAGACCUGUGGUAAAUGGUCAGAGAGGGGGAAUCGAACCCACGACUUCUUGUGUUUCCCUUUAACAGUAUCUUUCAUCCUACUUUUCUGUCUUGUGGAGUCUACAUCUUAUAUUUUCCAGAACUGCAACUAACCAUUAUUUUAGUAAUGAAUUAUUCUGACGAGUAAUCACUUAAAAAAUUGGCACAUUUUCCAGAUUUUUCAUUUAACCACUUUAUACAAUAUUAGAAAUACAUGAGAAGGAGCAAAUAAACAGAUAAUUCAUUUUCUUAAAUAAGAAAAUAAACAUUUUAUUCCCAAAAAUGCAAUAACAGCAUUCUUUUAGUGAACACUUGAUCAUUUGUAGCAAAGGAAUCAUCUGCAGCUAAAAAUCCUUCAACACGUGAACAGAUCAAGCCUUUCUGCUGGACUCAACGUCUGACCUGCUGAUUAUUUUAUUUUUUUUGUUAACCAAUGAAUAAUUGGACAAGAUAUUUUUUUUUUAGAGAAUUUGAACCAGGAGAAGCUAAAACUCUGUCACUCGAGGAGUUCUCUAGACACAGUUGUUUUUAUCUUACAUGCUAGAUGUCCAUAUUUUUGUAGAGACUUGUGAGACCUACAUCAAUGCUUUAAACUUCUCCACACUUUCCUUCCUAAUCUACUGCUGGGGUCCUCUGGUCGCCAUGGUGAUGCUGGUCCUCUAACAGGGCCAGAUUAAAUUCUGUUUACUCAUCAGGUGACUUUUGAAGGUCAUUGGUUGCAAUGGAUUUUUAUUCAGGAGUUUCAAAGUAAAGGGGCUGAACAAAUAUUUGACACACUUUUCAGAUUUUUAUUUUAAAAAUAAUUAUGCCUUUCCAUGAACUUCACAAUUAUGGACUAACUUUCUGUUGAUCAUCACCAAUGGUUUGCUUUGUGGAAACAAAGGGGUGUGAAUAUUUUUGCAAGGCACUGUACCACACCUGGGGCAGCAAUCUCUUGAAAAUGUAUUAAAAUAUGUAUAUAUCUAUAUAUAUUGAUGCCAACUUUGUCUUUUUGCAUGUUCAGAUGUUGUUUUUGGUUCUCUGAUGUCGAGAUGUUUUUUUUCCUCAUUUACACUAUUAAUCAAGUUUGAUUUCAACAUUAAAGUAUUCCUUCAACUUGUACCUCCUAAAUGCUUUUUUUCUCUAUGAGAUGAAAAUACCUCCACUGAAACAUGAAGGAAGCCAACAGAACGAGAACAGAGCUAGAGCUGGGGGGGGAUGGAGCUGAUGGAUCAGAGGAGAGUCGAUGCCAAAACAAAAAAAAGGAAACGCCCCACUGUUUGAGUUGAGUUGAAACAGAGAGCCUGGUCCUAUUGGAUUUACCUCAUGUGAUUAGUUCAGGAAGCAGGUUACAGAUGAUGUGAUGGAGGACUAAACUAUGAUGGUGUAUAAGGGACAAUAGAAUAGAAAAAAUGAGCAGAUUUCUAGCAAAAAACUGAAAUUUUUAGAUUAAUCUCACAAAUUUUCUAGAAAAAAAAGGACAUUUAUGAAAUUUACAGGGUUUUUUCCCCCAGAAAAUUUCUGAUGUUAAUAUCAAAAUUUCAGUUUUUUGCCAGAAAUUUAAUCCUUAUUUUUCUACCUACAAUUGCCCUAACACGCCAUUGUAGUAAACUGCACAUUCUCUCGUUUUUCUUCUUUUGUGUUUUUUGAAACCGUCAUUUGUAGGUAAAACAUUUAACAUUUGUAACCCUUCUUCCUGAUCUCCUGCUGGGCCUGUUUAAAUGCUCAUCCAUGUUUUAGAGGACUGAAUUGUUUUUGUUUUUUUAUCGGUUUCUGGGUUUCCUAAGACUUCACAUCUCCUGUAUAUGGCUGUUAUUAAAAGAAUCAAACAUGA